AUGGCCCCCAACGCCGAGCGCAUGCUUCCUACGAAGCACAACCCUCUCAUGAUGGAGGAUAUCCCGGAUUAUACGGAUCUGGUCGCGCGCCGACGCCUCGGACAGACCAAGCUGACACCUAAGAUGGUCGGCACCGGUGAGGCUGAGCAGUCUCUUGGCGUCUUCGACUACGCCCAUCUGCGGGCUCCUCUGCCCAAGGGCAUCGUCUCGGGCAUCUUCAAGUCGAGCCCCAACAGCUACUUCCUGAUGCGCCGCAGCUUCGACGGUUACGUCUCAGCCACCGGCAUGUUCAAGGCCACCUUCCCAUACGCCGAAGCAGCCGACGAGGAAGCCGAGCGCAAGUUUAUCAAGUCUCUGGCGACUACGAGCCCCGAAGAGACGGCCGGAAACAUCUGGAUCCCCCCGGAGCAGGCUCUCGCCCUCGCCGAUGAGUAUCAGAUUACCCCUUGGAUCCGCGCCCUGCUCGAUCCCGCCAAGAUUUCCGUCACCAGCACCGCGGACUCGCCGCCCAAGAACAUUACGGCGCCCCCCAAGUUUGACCCGGUCAAGUUGUCACAGCCUACACUGGCUCCUCCUACUCCAACCGUGAUUCCUCGAACUACUCGGUCUCGCCGCUCAGCCAGCCCCACCAAGACCACGAGGCGCGCAGCUGCAUCGCCCCGAAAGCGAAGCCUCCGCACCAAGGUCGAGGCCGUUGAGACCAUCACCGAGAAGACGGAUCUCGUCAAUGGCGAGACCAAGGAGACCAAGCAGGAGGACAUUGUCAUGCAGUCGACCGAGUUUGAGCCCGCUAUCGUUCUAGAGCCCAAGGAGGAGGAGCCCAAGGUCAAGGUUCACGUCGAGGAGGAGGUGUCAACCGAUGCGGACGGAAUUGAGACCAAGCACACCGUGACCGAGGUCGAACUUCCUCUGCCCACUGCUGGCGAGCCGCCAAGCGCUGAGGAGAUUGCUCAGAUGAUGGAGGCUGCCAAGGAGAUGGUUCAGAAGAACAAGGAGGAGGAGCAACAGGCCAAGCCCGAAACAGAGGGUGAAGAGGCACAAGAAGAGGCGCCCGAGACAGAGGAGGCACCUCCUUCUGCUAAGAAGAGCAAGCGAAAGGCCGCCGAUAUCUCAGUAGGCGACAAGGAUGCCGCCGACAAGACCGAAGAGACUCGAGAAGAGGAACAGCCCAGGGCAAAGAAGGUCAAGACAGAGGCUGAGCUACGGAAAGAAAAGGUCAAGAACCGAGCACUGCUUGGACUGGGUGCCACCGUUGCGGUUGGCGCCAUUGUCCCUUGGCUCAUGAACUUUAUCUAA